CAAAUCAAAUUGAGAUGUCAGGUCGGAUCUCCAUUCACUCAUUAGGCUACUAGUAUCGAUCAAAUUCAGAAUUUUAUUUUAUAAACAUGACAAAUCUAGUAGAGAACAAGUUCAAAGAGAAAAAGGUGAUAUGGGUUUAUCGACAGAUGGAUGUUGUAUUGAAAUCACACAGAACCAAUCAUAGUUGUUAAAUGUGCGCAUGCGCAGUAGAUCAACCUAGCAACAGAAGCUAAUGUGGAAAGAGGAUCGUCUGUUUUAAAGAAGCAACGUCUCUUAGCAGCGUCUAACCACGUAUGUUUUUGGAGAGCCAACUUGGCUAGCUUCAUCCGUGUACUCCCACAUUAAUCCGAGCUGCGUCUAGAUGGAGGCUCGUAAAUGGAGCGCGGCGGCCGCAGGGCGCGUGAUAAUGGACGCGGUGCAGGCGGAGUGGGAGCCGCUGUCUCCCUGGGAGCUGGACCAGCGACUGGACCGAGCGGUGGAGGAGAUGAUAGAGGCUGACCUGGUGGCCCAGAUUCAGGAGCAGGCAGCCUCUGUGUUGAAGCAAGCCUCUCAACAGGAGGAUUCAUCGCCAGCAGAUCAGGCUCGAACAGCGACAUCCCAGGCGUCAGAGUCCAGGAGCUCUGCCCUGCAGCGCGCACAUGCUACUGAAGCCAUGGAGGCCAACCCUACAGUACAGUAUGUGACAAAUUUUCUGCAAAGCUCCAACACGGGCUACAGCAAGAACCGAUUGUCUGGAAGAGCUCGCCUGUCCUUGUCUCACACUGUCCUCCUGUCCCUCACCCUCCUGUCCAAACGCAUCAGCUAUCGCAGCGUGUCCUCUCGUUUCCAUCUGGAGAAGGGGAAUAUUCACAGGAUCUUCUUCUCUUUCUGUGAACAAGUGAUCACACAAAAGGAUCGGCUCAUUCAAUGGCCUACAGGACAGGAGGCCCUCCAGCAUCUGCUUCCUUUCUCCAGCUGGCUGAGUCACAAUGAGGGUCUGGAAGAGAGAGGCCUCCCUCGAGUGCUUGGCGUGCUGGGUGACACACGCAUCCCCAUCCGCCUGCCAGCUGGGAAACCAGACAGCGAGAGCGACGCUCCGGAGGCCAAGAGACCUAAGAUCGGGCCACAUCCAGAUUCAUGGCUGAACUUGGAACUGGUGUGCAAUGACAAAGGUCGCUUCAUUUACUGCCACAUCAGCAAAGGAUCGGAAAAAGACAGAGGAAGCGCGUUAGCUGAAAGGAUUCGGCAAAACCCUGAGAUGGUGCCUCCAGGGACCUGCCUGAUAGCCGGAGCCGGAUACCCGCUCACAGAACAAAUACUUACUCCGUUCUCAACAUGUCAAAAGCCGCAGGAAAACCUCUACAACAGAUCGGUGGGGAACCAUUUGGGCCGAUUCAACCAGGCUGUGGCGGACUUAAAAGAGCGAUUCCAGAAAUUGAGGUACUUGGAUAUGGGGAACUACGACAGGGCAAAAGCAGUGGUUCUGACUGCUUGUAUAUUACACAAUGUUUUCCUGGACAUGGGGGACGUGACAAAGGGACUGGUAGAGAGAAGCACACCGGAAGAUGUGGACGAGGUAAACGAAGAUGCUGCUGGGCUGAAAAUGAGAGAGACUGUAGUGAAUCUGCUUUACAGCACAUUGGAAGCAGCACCACAAUAAGAUUUUGACACUGAUUUGCAUAUUUAAAGGUAUAGUUCACCCAAAAAAAGAAACUGUCAUUCUAAACCCAUGUGACUUUCAUUCAU